GUAUGUAAUUUAGAACAGGAAGGGGAGGGACUUCGCCUCUCUAUGGUUGCCACAAACGUUCCUUCAAUGGCGAAUUUCCUGGAGGUCCCUGAAGGCAGCCGCCGCAAGAGAGAAGGAAGGAACCGUGGCAACGCAGCCUGUCACAAAGCUAACGUUAUCCGCGCACUGCUAAGCCCUCUGAAUGCAUCAGCUUUGUCAACAACAUGCAUUUAAAUGUUUACCGAGGCUCUCUACCAUUUGAUCUUUACUUCGUAGCUUCCUCUAAAGCGUAAUAACAGAUUUACAAUGACAUUUUUUAACGAGCCAAGCUAGCAGACUUUUUCUUCGUCGUAGCCACAAUCACUCGACCAGCUAACCAGAACGAGUUGUUAGCAUAAGCUGGCUUGGUGAAUAUGGCGAUUGUGUCUGGCUCUUGUGCCAGGGUAAACGGGUCUAGGAAUGGGCCGUCUGUGUCAGCUACACCCUCUGGAUCUGUUGGACAAUCGCAGCCCAUGAUAGCGGUAUGGGAAUGGCAGGAUGACCUGGGCUAUUGGCGGCCUUACAGCGGCCAAGUGAGCGCCUACAUCGAGCGGUGUUUGUCAUCGCGGGGCCACAGAGGAGGAGGAGGACCCGUCUCAACGAGCAUCUGCCUCGGACAAUCAGACCCAAGCCUGUCGCCUUAUCUCAUUGACAUACCAAGCUUGAAACAGUUUCGGCAGGACACAGGAAAGACACGGUCAGUACGUCGGUCCCUGUUUGCCCAGUCUUCAGGCCUCGGCAGUGGUGUGUACUGGGAGUGGCUUAAUGAUGAAGGAGGAUGGACUCCAUAUGAGACUCGAACCUCCAUCCUUUUAGAGCACAGCUAUCAGGCCCGCCAAGGCACGGCAGACUUGGGCUCGCAUGGAUACAAUUACAUAGUGGAUCUUACAUCUUUGGCCCAAGUUAACAAAGCAACGGGUUUCAGACGGCAGGUCCGACGGCAGUGUAACCUCCCCUACCCACUGGCCUCCUCUGGCCCCCCGGCUAUCCCCUCAAGCCUUGCAUGCUCCUGCCAGCAGUGCUUGAGCCACAGCAGCACAGGACCCAUGCCCAGCCGUUCACGACAUUCCUUUUCAUCAGGGAGUUUGAACCGGCCCAGUCUUCAAGCAACAGGGAGGGCUACAGCGGCUCAUCCCACUUCUGUCUACUCACCGUACCCUAGGAGACCCCUCUCCGUCGGGGCAAUGUCCUGGGGAAGCCCCUGGCCUCCACCGCCCUCUGGGAGUCAACUGUCUGCACCGCUUAUGACCAGCUCUGCCAGUGCCAAUGGGUUAAGUGUUCCUUCCAUCUCCGUGCAGCUGAAUGGAUCGACCAGUGUGAGCUCUGCCCUGGCAGGCAUGGCCUCCAUUUUGAUGUCAGCAGUGGGACUCGGCGUGCACUUCACCACUGCCCCCCUCCCUCAACAGCAGCAGCCGCAGCAGCAGCAACCUGCUCCUUUCUCUCUUCCUCCUCCUCCUCCUCUCCUCCCCCCAGCCAGCAGGCCCAGCAAGCCCCACAGCAGCAGCAGUUCAGUUAGGAGAGCAAAGAGGCAGCACAGGAGAGCCUCAGCUCAGAGACCUGAGGAGGUGAUUCAGCGCUACAUGGAGGUAGUUGCCGGAGUACCAGAUGAGGAUUGCAUUAUCUGCAUGGAUCAACUGUCCAAUCCAUCAGGCUAUGAGACACCGUCCACAGAGGAGGGAGGCCAGAGCAUCCUGCCAGACACUGUGGGGAAAUUCAUCAAAUGUGGACACACCCUGCACAUGCUCUGCAUGCUAGCCAUGUACAACAACGGGACAAAGGACGGCAGUCUGCAGUGUCCCUCGUGUAAGACAAUUUAUGGAGAGAAGACCGGCACCCAGCCCAAAGGCAAAAUGGAAAUUUACAGCAUUGCCCAGUCGCUGCCAGGCCACCCAGACUGUGGCACCAUCCAGAUUAUCUACAGCAUACCACCUGGCCUACAGGGCCCUGAACAUCCCAACCCAGGACAGCCGUACACCUGUAGAGGCUUCCCUCGCUUCUGUUUCCUACCAGACAACGACAAGGGCAGGAAGGUGCUGGAGCUGCUGAAGGUGGCGUGGAUGAGACGCCUUAUCUUCACUGUGGGAACGUCCAGCACCACCGGAGAGCCCGACACAGUGGUGUGGAACGGCAUCCACCACAAAACCGAGAUGAUGUCCAACUUGUCGGGCCACGGCUACCCCGACCCCAACUAUUUGGACAAUGUUCUGUCUGAGCUGGCCUCUCAGGGCGUGACAGAGGACUGCUUCAAACCUCCAGGCAGCAGCAGCAGUAGCAGCAGCUAGGUCACAGCUCCGAGCUCAACAUACACACACACACACAGCUGCAGGUGGCUCCUCUGCAACCUCUCUCUUAAGUUUCUCAUCUGUCUGAACCUCAUUGAGUGGGCAGAGGGGGAGAAGUGAGCUAAAUUACUUUAAACUUUUCUCUGAACCAUAGGCGACCCUCGUUAACCGACAAGCAGGCAACAGAGUCUCACUUCACCCAUCAAGGACGCUCGGACACGCUUCCCACGCUCUGCAAACUUGUACUGGCCGCGCAACCAGGAUGUUGGGUGCAUUGUCGUGGACACAUGCAGCCACUUUCCUGCAACUGCUUGCGAAUGCCUCCAUGCGACUAGGGUGGAAACCCAGUUUGAAAUUAGAACCUCUUCCAAAAUACCAACAACCGGCUACCCGUAAAUAAAAAAAGAAAGUAUUGGUUCUGCUUAUCGGUUCCAACUACACAUUGCGCUUCUGGUCGACACUGCGCCAUGCGAUGUAAGUUUUGUUUAGGCAGUAUGACCUUAGGCAGAUUUGAGGGAGUUGCAAGCAUACAAGUUAGCCGUGCGCCAUGGACCGCCGGUUUUCUAUUCCGCAUUGCUCGCCAAUAGCAGUUUUCUGUCAGCGGCUGCCUCUCACUCACACACGCACGCACGCUUGAAGCUUGAAGAACCGGAAUUGAUAAGCAGAAUCCAAAUCGUUAAAAUGCAAACAAUACCGACGGACACAAGUCCGCAGCUGUCCGAGCCCGUCUCAACCUGCGAGGUUGUCAGCCCCGCAGACUGUGUUUAGGACGGCCGAUUUAACCUGCCAGUCCUCAUCCAUAUAGUGGCAGGUGUCACGUAGCUAUGCGCUGUAAGCACGAUAGAUUGUAUAGCCUAUUUUACCAUACAAAAACUUCUUGAAUUGCUUUAUUUGAAUAAUUCUUUUUUUAACUGUUCAACUGAUGGUAUUAAUCAGUCAAAAGGUUUGUUGGUUAUCAUUAACAUCCCUAGUCUUGAAGGCUAUCUGGAAGAAUGCUUGCUGACAAUGGUCGCUAGUCCACUACAUUCCUGUUCACACAUAUUCCUGGAGACUGAAGAAAAAAAGGCUCCUCGUACUCAUGCCUUUUUUUAAGCAAACCUUCACAAACUGGAGAUUGUGUUUUUUUUCUUCGUUUUGUCCCCCCCUCCUCAAGAGGCUCAUGUGUAUCCCCUUGUCCAGUUACCAUGAGAAUAGCAGCUAACAUUGGGGGUAAAAAUCUCUCAUUAAGCACUUUAGUUCUGACGGUGCAUUUAGCUGACAGGAUGUGUGAUUUCCCGGUAAAGGGCAGUGAACUUGUUUUAAAAAUUGGGAAAUUAUGCAAUUAAAAUGUUUCUGCUGGAAGCCUUUGUGUGGUGCACAAAGACUUACUGAAACUUCAAAUAGCAAAGUGAGUAUAUAUUAGCCUCUUUGAUGAGAAGAGGCAAUACUGAUGUAAAUAAAAAAUAAAACAAAAAGAUGGUAAAAAAAGAAAGAAAAGCAGUUGUGUCCACAAAUGCCAGUCAAGAAGAACGUGCAUUUCUUAACAUUGAACUAGGGUUGUACCGAAUAAUUCAAAGCUUUAUACAUAGCGUUAACCUUCACAUUUAACUACUCUUAAGAUCUUGGGGCAUUAGUCAUUUAUUAUGCAGGACAGCUGAAGAUGUGAGAGAGAGAGAGAGAGAGAGAGAGAAUGAUGUGCAGCAAGGGUUACAGGUCAGAGUUGAACCUGCGGCCACUGCGACAUAGGCUGAGCCAACCAGGCGCCCGGACAAAACAUGAACAUACUACUCCCCCCUUCCCGUCAUCACCACCCGCCCAGAUAAAAAAAAAUAAAAAAAACUGAAGACCAUACAAAACAAAACCAACAAACCAAAUGAACAUUUGUAUAAAUGACACCAUGAGCACCAUCAUACACAACGCUCCCUUGCAGCCCUACAGAAAGCUCAAGUACCUUCUCCAUUUUCUAGUGUUGACAUCCGAGCUGGAAAACCGUUUGUAUGACAUCUUUUCAAACACCGCCCCCUAGCACUAAUAUUUUAUACUAUUUGUAGAGUUAGAUUCCAGUGGUGGCUGUGUAGUUAGUAUUGUUUCAGAUAUGCGUGAUCCACACAUUUCCAAUAACUCCUCAGAGCGUCUGUUGUAGCAUAGCGUUGCUACAAGCCUAUGGGCGCGAUUAAUUCUUCAUUAUUUUAUGCCUUUAUUGGAUUGGCCUGUUGCCUAUACACAUUUGAUGACAACUGACUAGUUAUUAGAAAAUUAAAAGAAAGUCGUUAUAAAAAAUAAAAAGCAAUGAUGUAUUACUUUUUUCAAAUUCAAGAUUUUGUUUAAGAAUUAUUUUAGGGUAAUGACCUCAAAAUAUGACAACAAAACCCUGAAUCGAAGCUUUGAAUGUUUGUAAAGAAAAAAAAAAAAAAAAAAAGACAACAUUCGGUACAGCCCUAAAUUUUACACUACGCCUGAUUUGACCAUCUGUUAUAUUUUAUUCCCUAACCCUAUUUUGAUAAGCAGAUGUCUAAUGCACUCACAUAGUGAUUUUUCAUGUUUUGAAUUUGCAGGAAAUGUGCCCGCGGGGCAUUCUGCUGGGAUGGUUUUUGUCACUUAGUAUGUAACCGUUUGUGCGAAGGGACAAGGUUGCAUCGUAUAUAGCUCGACAACCUCAAUCCUUUUGUCUAAAACAGAUGGGAAAGGAACGCGGAAAUAGAAAAUACUCUGGUUAUGGAAAUUUUACGGUGUGACAAUCAAGGUCAUCGAACUUGUCUUGAUUAAACAAGACACACGAAGCCGUGGCGAGCACGUUAUGUUACCGCCGGCUGCAAACUCAUCUUCUGUGUUCACAUGCAUCAUUCUGCUCACAGUACAUUUGCUGGACUGAGUCUUGACAUGUAUACAAACAAAACUGA